AGCGGCGCUAAGGAAAAAACGCCACAAAGUUCUGUUCUCAAUUUAUAUAUCUAUAUAUAAGAGAGUACUGAAAAAUUAGUAGCGGGAAAGUGAGUAUCGAAAAGAAAGAAUGGGAGGGAGAAAUUAAAAUGUUUUAAACUGUAAUCAUUUUCUGUUCUUUUUUUCUUCUCCAUCUCUCUCUCUCUCUUUUUUUUACUGUUGAUUUACAAAAUCUUCUUCCGUUGCUAAUUUCUUUGUCUAGGGUUUUUGUUCGUUAGUUUUUUUAUUCUUUUUAGACUCAAAUUCUUUGAAAUUAUGAGGAGAAAUGUGAAGAAAGAAAAACAAACAGAUAAGGGUGAUGCAUCUGCUGAACCGGUUCGAACCAAGGUGGCGGGAGAGGCCCGAGAUGAGUCGGCGGAUGUUGAGUCGAAUCAACCGAAUCGAGAAGAGGAUGCGGCAGAUAGGAGGGUUCUUCGCUCCAAAUACCUUGCCGUGAUGACCAAAAUAAGCGCUUCUUGUACGGAUAUGAACAAGUCUUUAGCUGAUGGGAUGUUGGAUGUACCUUGCUUAGAAGAAAAAAAAGAAAAAAAAUGAGAAAUCAUAGGGAAAAGAAUCAAAACAUAAAAUAUGAUGAGAAUAGAUAGGCAUAGGCCCUUCCAUAUAAACCUUUAUUGGGCUAUUGAUGAUAAUUAUAAUUCGACAACUCAACGAUGAUGUUCCUUACAUAUUGUAAUUCUUUUGUGGAUACUCACUAUCUGUCAGCUCUAGUGCAUUUGCCUUAAUUCCUUUCAUUGUUGAUAUGUUGCUAAUGCAUCUUUUGUAACAAAGUGCAAUAUGCAUUCCUCUGGACUGACCAUUCAUAAGUUGUUGAACUUAACUGCAUGGUAAGGCCUUGGUAUUUGUUUGAUUUUCAGGAUGUCCAUGAGACCGCUGCCGGAGCUCUCUGGAAUUUGGCUUUUUAUCGUGAUAAUGCUCUUCGUAUAAUACAGGAUGAUGGAGUUCAACCCCUUGUUCAUCUAUGCUCUUCAUCGAACUCAAAAAUGGCACGUUUUAUGGCUGCAUUGGCCUUGGUUUACAUGUUUGAUGGGAGAAUAGACUCAAUGGUGCCAGUGGGGCCUUCGCAUUCAUCACAGGGCAGUUCAAAGAGUCUGAACAUAGAUGGGGUUGGAAGGAUGGCCUUGAAACAUGUCGAAGAGUUUGUGAGCUCAUUUUAUGAACCACAAACCUUUAAUGCUACUGCUGCAACAUUAGUCCCCACAGCUUUGGCACAGAUAGCAGAAGCCAUAAGAAUACCUGAAGCAGGGCAUCUAAGAUGCAGGUUUGGUUUUUUGACAUUAGUAUUUUAUACUGUAAAGAUGAAACUGAUGAUUUCGUAUCUAUUUUUGGUAGUAAGAUUUAAGAAGUAACAGCUAGUGUUUGUACUAAUUGCAUAUACUAUUAAUCUAUUAAUAUUUUAAUCAAGUCUCUAACACUAUCCAAAAUCCGCAUUGCUUGUAGAACAAAUGAUCAGUCAAUAUUCUUAAUAAUAAAGCAGUCUUAGCGAUUGUUGAAUUUCGUAAA